AUAAUGUUAGGAAAUGGGAAUUUUAGACAAAAAGCUUUUGUUCUAAAAAUUGAACAAUUAGCACACUGAACCAGGUACAUAAUCAUUUCGCCUUCGCCACAUAGGAAGUCACGCCAUUUCUAUUUCUAAGAAAUAAAAUCGAAACGAGAGAGAGAGAGAGAGAGAGAGAGAGGAAGAAAUGGGAGCAGUAGCAGGGGCAGAAACCGAAAAGAUCUGGAAAUCUAUGGAGGACGCUGAAGAUUCUGAUAUUAAAUCUUCGCAACUCACAGUUGCUACCUCUUUUUCCUUACCUGUUAUGACUCCUCACGUCAUAGAUUUAUGCAAGGAUCUUUUCAAGAACUGGUCAAAGUUGGACGAAUCUCGUUUCUCUGUUGAGACGGUUUCCGGUGGUAUAACGAAUCUAUUGCUGAAGGUAUCUGUGAAGGAAGAAAAUGGAAAUGAGGUAGCUAUAACUGUCAGGUUGUACGGGCCUAAUACAGACUAUGUUAUUAAUCGUGAACGAGAGUUGCAGGCUAUCAAAUACCUCUCAGCUGCAGGAUUUGGUGCCAAGUUGCUUGGAGUAUUUGGGAAUGGCAUGGUGCAAUCUUUCAUUGAUGCACGUACACUAACUCCAGCAGAUAUGAGAAAGCCGAAGCUGGCUGCUGAAAUUGCCAAACAACUUCAUAAAUUCCAUGAAGUGGAAAUUCCAGGUUCUAAAGAACCUCAGUUAUGGAAUGAAAUCUUCAAGUUUUAUGAGAAUGCAUCCAUUCUUCAAUUUGAUGAUAUUGAGAAGCAAAAAAAAUACAAGACAAUUUCAUUCAAGGAAGUUUAUGAUGAAGUUGUUGAAAUCAAGGAUUUGACAGACCCUCUUAAAGCUCCUGUGGUUUUUGCUCAUAAUGACUUGCUUUCAGGGAAUCUGAUGCUUAAUGAAGAUAAAGAUAAACUCUACUUCAUUGAUUUUGAGUACGGGUCAUACAGUUACAGAGGUUUUGACAUUGGGAAUCACUUCAACGAAUAUGCGGGUUAUGACUGUGACUACAGCUUAUACCCUAGUAAGGAUGAACAAUAUCAUUUCUUCAGGCAUUAUUUGCAACCGGACAAACCAUAUGAGGUAUCUGACAAGGACCUUGAAGCUUUAUACAUAGAGACAAAUACUUUCAUGUUAGCAUCACACUUAUUUUGGGCAUUAUGGGCACUGAUCCAGGCAAAGAUGUCUCCAAUUGAGUUUGAUUAUCUUGGCUAUUUCUUCCUACGAUACAACGAGUACAAAAGGCAGAAGGAAAAGAGUUGUUCAUUGGCACGUUCUUACCUAUCAGGAAGUGGGAGCGGAUAGUUUCAAGUCAUUUUCGCACAUUGCCAGCAGUCUUUCUGUAUGUUGUGGAUCUGUAGGGAAAGGUUUUUGAGUCCAGUUAGAUAUUGUAAAAAAAAAAUUCUUUUGUAGCCAUUGAAAGAAAAAAAGGAAAAAGUAAAGAAAAGAGAGAAGAAAAGAGGAAUGCACAAUAAUCUGAAGGUAGCAAUACGUUGGUUCUAUUUGUUGUAAUUCUUAGAAUCGUUAGAUAUGUAAGCAUAAGGCCUACGUUCAACAGCUUUGGUGCUGAAUCCUGGAAAUUUUUGGAAACUAAUGCAAACUGGUAUGAGCUGA